CGCUGCCUCUCCUCUCCACAUUCUAGCACGCUCCAGUGAGUCCCUCUGCACAUCAACAACCGGGAUCUGCAGGCUCCGGGCUGAGGGGCAGAGAGAGAGGGAGGCGAAGCAGAAUCGAGGAAGGAGUGUUAAAGAUUGACUGAGGGCAUUGGGCAAUGUCGGGAUAGCCUGCCGUUAGACACUGGCUCCUGAGGAAUAACCGGACUGGAGAAACCCCAAUGUUAACCUCUCCGGCGAACAGCUUUUAAGCUGACAGAGCUACUGCAGGACCCCGCGGCUGUGAGGCAGGGAGAUUAAAAACAGACACGAAGGCGACUGAGAUCCAUCUGCAGGACAGAAGUAUAAGGAAAUAAUCUGAGCAAUUGUUGGGAAGGGACCAGAGAGAGAGAGAGGAGAGGCAUCGGUCUGCAAUCAAAAUAUGCAAUUCAAAACUCUCAUGUGAAAAGAAACCAGACACAACAUCGCCUGUUCUAAUGGUUUGAUGGAGAAUUGGUCGGAUGACAGCUGGAACUGUGGUUAUCACUGGUGGAAUACUAGCAACAGUGAUACUGCUGUGUAUCAUUGGCGUACUUUGUUACUGUAGACUCCAGUAUUACUGCUGCAAAAAGGAUGAAUCAGACGAGGAGGAGGAAUGUUCGGACUUACCCGCUCACCCACACUUCCCUUGCAACUCAUGCAAUGCGCAAGUCAUGGACGGUUUGGUCCCUCAGUUGGCACUGCCAGGAGAGCUCAACCAGACAAACACGAGGGGUUCAUGCCCCAGUUGCUCGCCCUUUUAUAUUCGGACCACCGACGAGAUGCGCAACGGGGGCGAAGGCAUCUCGUACACUCCCGCCCGCUACAAAGAGCCGGGGCUGCCGCUCAAGGCGCCAUCGCUUCAAGGUUUGCCGAUGAGCAGGCAGAACACUGUGCGGGAGAUGUUUGUGGGCGUCAGGGCUAUAAGUACUGAGGUCUGAACCGGGGCAUCGGUUGUGGGGGAGGGGGGAUCAUCUUUGGGAGACGGAGAGUGGGAGACGAUUUUAUUUUUCUGCAUUAGGCGAAGGUAAAAGAGCGUUUGCAAAAACAAAACACAUGGCCUUGAACAACAGGUUCCAAUACAGGAAGUCAUCCCCUUCUAUUCUCAACGAUGAAGGCCCAGCACUCACCCUGAUCUGCAGGGCAUCAGUCUGAACAUUCUUCCUUCGGGGCUAACACGAUGAGAGACAAAGCCAGUGUCGCUGCACUCUUUGAAAAGUUCUUUGGAAACCAUCUGCAAAGAGGGUGUGGGGUGGUUCUUGUUUCACUUCAAAGAGGUCAAGGGAUUUGUAGUUCAAGACAUAAGACUUCAAGGCACACCAGUAAACUGGGCUGGAAUUUAAGCAUCGAAGAACAAAAGUGCCACUUCACUGUUUUCGCUUCUGCUGCUCGUUCGUAUUGACACCGAAUUACCGCGUUGUAUCCCCGGAUGUUGUUCAGCUGGCUGCGUUCUGUACCAGAUUGGAGGCUUUGCUGCUGAGUUCCCAGUCGCUGCCUUUACAUUUUUUGUAAAACUCCCCUUACUGUGCACCCAUCAUCACUGAAUCCCCCAUUCCCCCUCAUGCAAUCUCAUUCCCAGCCAAUAGAUGGGGCCAUUGCUGGGAGAAGGAGGAGAGUUUGAGCUCCCCGAUAUUGUUGUGCGUGUUCGCUAGGCUGUUCACGCUGCUUUUCUGUCAACUCUUCUGUUGGUUAGGUACGGAAUUUUUGACGUGGGGUUCACUGGGGGGAAUGAUGGACGAAAAGUCUGUCGAUCGGGCAGGAUGAUCGGAGUUGGAAGGUAUUAUGGUGAAAACUCCAAGAGUACAUCUAACUGGAGUUGGCAGGAGCAAGAGAGGGUGGGUGAGAAAAGUAACAGCCGCUAUGGGAAGAUAUAUGAUAGACAGGAGGAUUAGGCUAGGUUCCAGUGGCUGUCUGCUCUCAGUUGGCUUGGCUUGCUGUCAGUGUCUUUCCUUACACUGGGGAAAUUUUUUGAUUUGAUUUGUGUACCCAGGUACAUUGAAAAGCUUUGUUUUGAGUGCAGUUCAGGCAGAUCAUACCAUACAAAGUGCAUCCGGGUAAUAGAAACAGAGCAAUGGGAUACAAGGUUAUGGCUGCAGAGAAGGUGCACAAAGGGCAAGAUAAACAUUAAGUUUAAAAUUUGAGAAUCCAUUCAGAAACUUAAUAGGAAGAAGCUGCCCUUGAAUCUGUUGGUACGUGUGUUUAAGCUUUCGUAUCUUCAGGAGAGGUUAUAACCAGGGUGGGAGGGGUCUUUGUUGAUGUUGGCUGCUCUUUCUGAGGCAGAGAGAAGUAUAGAUGGAGAAGGACUGGGCUGUGUUCAGAACUUUCCGUAAUUUCUUUCCGUCCUGCGCAAAGCAGUUGCCGUAUCAACCUGUGAUACUUCCUGAUGCACCAAGAUAGUGCGUCUGUAUAAAUUGACACGGACAUGCUGAGUUUCCUUAGCCUCCUGGGGGAAAUAGAGGCGUUGCAGCACACGCUGGGAGUGAAGCAUUGAACUGUGUUGUUGGAGGUUGGGGAUGGAAUAGAGCUUAAUGCUCUUAAGAUGAGUCCUUUCUCUGUAUUAAAGUUGCUGGGUUGGAGGUUAGUGUUUAAGGGGUAACAGGAUGGGUGAACGAGUGUCUCACAAUAUAGGUCUGUGGGUAAUCAGUUCCAAUAAAGGAAGACUGCUCUUUACUAAUCAGUCACUGAGAUAUAGUACCCAGUCUAAGAGAAGAUACUCAAUAUCGCUGAUUGUCUGGAACUCUCUUCCUCUUACCUAUUAUGAGGCAUUGGCCCUACAAUUGUGGACCUCCUUCUCUCUGCCAUCCAAAAGAAUAUGUUUGUGAAAGCAUGGCCUAAUUGCCUGACCCAUUGGCAGGUCUGAUCAGUAAAUUCGCACAACACUGAUGCUCACGGUACAGAUUGCCAACUGACUAACCACUCAACUUCCAAUAUGCUGAGCAGUAUAUUUUUACUGGCCAAGUUCAAAGUGAAAUGAUUUUGCUCCUUCCCAAGCUGCAGAACUCCAUUUCACAUUCACAAAAUAGUCAGGUGGCCGUGUUACCUUGAAAGUCACAAACAAAACCCUUCUUGUGAGCAAGUGCUGGUGCCGCAGUCGACCUAACAGCAAAUGGGUAAUGUCAUCAUGGAGAUACUCAUGAACUUUGUACUUCACUUUUGUUUCAUGACUAUGUUUACAAGGAAAUAUUAAUGCCCUGUGUGUGUGUCCCAGAGACUGUGGAAGGUAUUAUAUGUGUGUGUGUGUCUGUGUCUGUGUCUGUGUGUGUGUGUGUGUGUUUCUCUCUGCAGUAGAGAGCAUAGGGAGCAAAAUCACCUCCUCAUCUGAUUUAUCUGCUGAAAUCGGCAAGUUUCAGAGAGAUACCAAGAGAGACACUGGAGGUUUGUCAUGUUAGCCUUUCACCUUGGCAGCCUGGGCUUAAAUCUAGCCUCAGCUAUUGGCAUGGAUAGCUCCUCUUCUCCACGGCCCAAAGGAUCUUAAAUAGAUGCGUGCUGGCGUGGUUCCAUCUCAGUCUGUAUCCCUAGCAGAUAAUUCAGCACGAAUUGGCAAGUUAUGGCCAAGAAAGACCUGAAUGACAGGAAUUGGAUGCGUCGCCUCAGUGUGUCAGGGAAAGGGAAAAUGCUUGUGAAGCUAAAAGGUAUGGUGGAUCUGCAAAACUGUUUGAACCCAGGCUCUACUGUAGCCAAGAGCAAUAGAAAAUGGAAGGUGCUGAAGAGUGGACAUGCUCCAUUCCCCUGCAACCUCCUCGUAAUUAGCACAAGAUCUGAUCUGGCUGCUCAAUUCCUCCCUCUGUUAGCAUCAUGGAGAGAAGUAACUAAGUCCUCAGCACAAGCACAAGGAGGCAAUAGCAACAGCAGAGGAUUGUCACAAUGAAAUUUUAACAACUUGAUAACGCCAACACUUUCAGUGCUACAUUUCAAAAGCGUGCGCAAGUUUAAAACAACAGCCGGUCCUCGGUAAUUAUGGGAUGGGAUGCUGCUUCUGGUGCUGAUGCUGAGUUGUUUAACGGUAUCUUGUUACAGUAUCAUCCAACACCAAAUUGUACUGAUCAACUGCCGUCCCUGAACAGCAAGAGCCUGAUAAUUUCGUGGGCCAGAGUUGGAUUACAAUUCAACCAGGUUGUAAAAUCCCGCGCUGCCUCUGAAGGCAUUUGCAUUUCACAAAAAACACACUUCCCUGGUCACAUGUGCCAAACAUUUGAAACAUUAAGGCAAAAUUAAUUCUUACUUUGAAAACUGUGUGUGUGUGUGUGUGUGUGUGCACCAGCUGAGCAGAAAAUCAGACUUUUGAUGGUUAAAGUGACAAUGCGACCACUCUCCCUUGCCUUAGCUCUGAAGAAGGUCUACCUGUUGCCAAUGUUCAUUUGCCAUUCUCUUAGGCAACCUCUCAUGUGCUAACUGCCCUUCACAUUAUAUUUUACCUCAUUUCCCUUGUCUCUUUUUAUAUCUAAUUUUUCAUUCUCCAUUCUAUUCAACAACUUGUAUGUAUUCUCCCUCCCUCCCAAAGAAUUUGCUAUUCCAUUUUUCUCCCCUGCCCUCCCUCACUCAUACCAAGGCUUACAUCUGGUUUCUCUUUCAAUUUUCUGAUUCCCAUCCAAACUAUUUCCCACUAACUGGCUCUCUUUCUCUGACCUAUUUUUCCUCCCUCCUCCGUAGCGACUGUGUUCUCUGCCAGACUGAUGCACUGUCCCACACUAACUUAAGUCGACAGAUCAAUGGUCCAUGGAAUAGACCCCUCUAGCUCCAAACCUCAAGACAUAACAAACCCAACAAUAUCUGAGCUCUCUGGAGUAGCAGGUUGGAGCAACAGAAGGUCAUUUUCAUUGGUUUUUAAAACAAGUAACAGGAUCUGAUUUUACAAAACAUUUCUCAUUUAAUUUUCAGACAUAACUGCAUAGUAUUCGUAUCAUAUCUGCAAAUGUAACAUUCUCAAGUAUAGUGAGUAGAUCAUCUAAAAACCAAAUGUUCCUUUUUAAGGAAGAGAUGGAAGAUUUUUUUUCCCUAGUUGAGGGUCAUUAACCUGUGGUUUUCUCAGCCCCAGAGUGUAGUGGAGACAGGGUCAUUGCAUAUUUUUAAAGCUGAGUUAAAUAGAUUCUCGAUUUAAAAGUUAUCAGGGUUAGACAGGAAAGUGCAGGCCAUAAUCUUAUCAGCCAGGAUCUUAUCAAAUAGUGAUGCAGGCUCAAGAAUAGCCUACUCCUGCUCCUGAUUCCGAAAUUCACAUGUAAGCCCUCAAGUCGGUUCAAGGCCUUCAAAGCAAACUUCAUUGAUCAAUUGGAUUUUAUCAACCUGAACCUACUUAAGAAUUCAGGGUGGUUAACAAGUCCUACAUCAUGAACAGUGGGAUAUGGAAAAUAAUUACAGAUCAAAACAGUAAUAUUUAGUAUCUCUCUAACAACAGAUCUUUUAUCCCAAAUACGCAAUUUCCUUCAAUGAGAGAAACAAAGGCGUCAGAUAUAUAUGAUAACACCAACCCCAAAGUCUAACACCAUCCUGACUUGAGAACUAUGUUGGCAUCAAUUCAUUGCCACUGGGUCAAAAUCGAGUUACCUUCCAAACCACGUGACGUGGGCACAAUGGUUCAAGAAGGCAGUUCAGUACCACCUUCCUAAGAAAAUUAAGGAUGGGUAAGAAAUUCUGGCCUGGCCAGUGCCAUGGAGCAGAGGAGAAUCUUGAAUGGAGGCUUCCCCCUCAAGAUUUUGCCCAUUCUGAUCCCUGUGGCUCAGAUGAACCAAAGGGUUCCUCCAAAGAGAUGUGCUUUUCCCAACUGUUGUGGGAAGGCCUUGUGCACAAGGCUGCUUUGGGGGUAUGGUGGGGUAGGAGGGCCAGGGCACUUUGGGGUUGUGUAAUGAAGCCAACAAGAGUGGCCAAGACUAGCAUCGGGCCCUCAACUACAGGGAUUGUGUUCAGAGGGCUCAUUUCUUUAUUCAAAAGAACCCGGACACACCAGGGCACAGUUUACGAGGCAAACUGAGGGCCCAGAAGAGUGUGCAGGGAUUGCACAACAUUCCUUGAGGAUACUGUAUCGUGGAGCGCUGAGAUGGGUGUUCCUCCCCUCACACCUUUCCCUCCCUGCCUUCGCCUCACUUCCUAUCUCCUCUCCACCAUGUUUCGCCCAAUGCCUUCACCUUGGGACAUCAAAACGUGCUGAAGAAAUUCCUCAGUGAAUUAACAGGAAGGACAAGAGGCGGGGCAAAACUGUCCCCAGGCAAGCGUUGUGUUGGAGAGUGGAAUUUGGACCAGACUUGACGGGCUGAAUAGCCUACCUCUGCUCCUACAUCUUAUGGUCUAUCUCAGGACUCUACAGAAAAUCAGGAAAGGGGUAAUAUGCUGCUGGCAACGGUAGUGCAGAUUAAUGGGUCACCAUUCUUUAUAAUACUCAUUCUAAUCAAUAGGGCUCCAUUGUAUGCAUUCCAUACAUCACCAAAGUCUUGCAUGUUCCCUUAGUGUAAACUGGAAAGGGCUGGAUGUACCUUGCUAACCAGAUUUGGAGAAUAAAUUGUAUUUAUUUAAAAAUGCAGUAAUAAAACAAUAUGUCUUGGCAA